UCCAUCAAGAUCUUCAGAUCCCUCCUUAUCAGAGACAUCGAGCUCCAAGAUGAUGUGGUUCCUCUUCCUGUUUGGUCUGGCUCUGGCUGCUGAGCCUCCUUCAGAUGGACAGGAACUGAAGCUGAUGCGUGGCGGCUGUCCCGUGUUCUGGUUCAGCUUCGAGGGUCGCUGCUACAAGUACUUCGGAUCAAGAGUGACCUGGGGAGAAGCAGAGCUCCACUGUGUGCGAGAGAGAGCCAACCUGGUUUCCAUCCACAGUCUGAAUGAACACAAUUUUGUCAAUUUGCUGAUCAAGAACUUUGAUCCUACUCGGUCACUAACCUGGAUUGGACUCACUGAUAUGCAUAAGGAAGGAGGGUGGAUUUGGUCUGAUGGGUCUAAAUAUAGAUUUUCCCGCUGGAAUUCUGGACAGCCUGACAAUGCUCGUGGAAUUGAAAACUGUGGACACACAAACUAUGGAAGCAAUUUUUUUUGGAACGAUAGUGUGUGCUCAAAUAAAUUUGCUUUUGUCUGCACAAUUCGUACAGCUAACCCCUAGCAACAAAAAAAUUAAAAGAAAAAAAAAGUUAACUGUUUUGCAUUUCUUGAUUAAUUUUCAGUUUAAAUUCAACCUAUUUUUUUUUUCAACAAAACCCAAUGGAAAGGCAUAUAUGUGGAAAUGUGAUAUUUUCUUCUAUUGUAUACACUGUAUAUACACUUAUAUAACCAUCAACAUAAAAUACAUCUUUGUGAUAAACUCUUAACAUCCAACUUAAAAUGAUUUCUCUGUGCGGUUCUUUGUGGAAAUAUUAGGAAUAAUAUAACAAUGUAUUAGAUAUGAUACAGUAUGAGGGGGGAAUCAAGAAUGAUCACAUGUAAAAUUACUUCUUGCUAACAUUUUAUACAAUUUAUACAAUAUACAACCCAAACUAAUGUUUCUCUCAUUUUGGUGUUUUAC